GCCCCAGCUAUUCGCCCUUAUUUCAACCCGAGACACCCAUCUAUAUGACGACAUCAUCCGUCCGUCGAUUUCUAUAAUUCCUCGAGGCCCUCCCCGGGCUUUCUAUUGCCCAGCUUAUACCUCCCUGUCCUGGACAAGCUUCACAGGAAAGCAACAUGGCGGACCGACAUCCUGCUGCCUCCAAGGCUCGGGGCCGCCGUAUUGGUGUUUCCGAGUCCAGUGAUGGUGUCGGCGACUUUAGGAUAGAUGCCGAGAUUGGAAAGGGGAGCUUUGCGACAGUUUACAGGGGAUACCACAGGACAUCAAAUGCCCUCGUUGCCAUCAAGUCGGUCGAGCUCAGCCGACUCAACAAAAAGCUCAGGGAGAAUCUGUACAGCGAAAUCAAGAUUCUCAAGACCCUGCGGCACCCGCACAUUGUUGCCCUCCACGACUGCAUCGAGUCAGCUACCCACAUCAACCUCGCCAUGGAAUACUGUGAAUUGGGAGACUUGUCCAUGUUCAUCAAGAAGCGCGACAAGCUGGGCACCAAUCCCGCAACUCACGACAUGGCUCGCAAGUAUCCUGCUAUUCCCAAUUCAGGUCUGCAUGAGGUUGUGGCUCGCCAUUUCCUCCAGCAACUCGCCAGCGCCCUAAGGUUUCUCCGGGCGCAUAACUAUGUCCACCGGGAUGUCAAGCCGCAGAACCUCCUUCUUCUCCCUUCUCCUCGGUUCAGGGAGCAAACCGCGCGGUCGAUUCUGUCGGGAAGCGAUGACUCGUUGAUCCCCAACGCCGGGCUCGCCUCCUUGCCCAUGCUCAAGCUGGCAGACUUUGGCUUCGCCCGGGUCCUGCCGUCCACCUCCCUAGCCGACACACUUUGUGGCUCCCCUCUAUACAUGGCGCCGGAGAUUCUUCGAUACGAACGAUAUGAUGCCAAAGCGGAUCUCUGGUCCGUCGGGACGGUGCUGUACGAAAUGGUGACUGGCCGCCCGCCCUUCCGGGCAAGGAACCACGUCGAGUUGUUGAGGAAAAUCGAGGCUAGCGAGGAUCGGGUGAAGUAUCCCAAGGACACCGAAGUCAGUAAAGAGAUGGUGAAAUUAAUCGGCAAGCUGCUCACACGUAACCCGGUCGAGCGGAUGAGGUUCGAGGAUUUCUUUAAUGACCCUGUUGUUGUUGGUCCGAUCCCUGGCGUCGUGGAAGAUGACCUUCCAGCACCACCUCCAGCAACGAUAUCAGAGCGGAUAGCGCCGAGAGAUGUCGAGACUGCGGGAAAGACGGAGCAGGACCCUUCGUUGUAUCGCCGCGCAUCGUAUAGGCGUCAGACUGAAGAGACACGGCAGAGCGAAGCCGAGUCAGCCAAGUCCGGCCGCGAGAUGCUCUCGAGGUCUCCCCAGGUGGAGGCCCCCGGUGGUUCACGAUACCAGUACGCUUCCCGUGAGAACACGCCACGAUCGGGUCACUCGCCUCAGCCAGAGGCCGGACAAGGACUCGGCAUCCGUCGCCCAGGCCCUCCACCGUCAUAUGUCUCCGCUCCUUCCAGACCACAUCGAGUCUCUCACCCUUCGACUUCCCGUCCGACCACCCGAGCAUCCCCUUCCCCGACGUCGUCGUUUCUCCACGACAACGGAGGCCGAGGCAAGCUACGACCGGUCGCCGAACCUGACUUGACCGAACAGGAAAAGGCAGCACAGGAUGUGGCUUUCGAGCGCGACUAUGUCGUAGUUGAGAAGAAACACGUCGAGGUAAAUGCGUUCGCGGAUGAGAUGGCAGCGAGCCCGCGUCUUCAAGUCUCGCCCAAGGGUGGACAGAUGAUUCGACGAGCCACACAACAAGGCACGCCAACAUCAACGUCGGGGGCCGUCCGAGCACAGCAGUCCCAGGCUGUACAGGUGGCCCAGGGAAGGGGGCCCGGCCACGAGCGUCGUGGGUCGUACGAUAAGCCGUUCACCGGGAGCCCCGGGUCGGCCCCGGGCUUCAUCACCAAAGCCAUCCAAGAUGCCAGCGUCCGCCUCUUCGGCUUCAGGAUGCCUCAGCACGUCCUCAGCAAAGGACAGUCCCCGCCGCAGAUCUACGGCGCCUUCCCAGCUUAUCCCACUCCCUCUAGCCAUGUCGGCCUGCUCGAGGACGGCAAGCAGGAUACGCCCACGGACGAGGACACCCGUGCGGUGAAGCUGAUCCAAGAUCUGGCCCACCGCAGCGACUGCGUCUACGGCUUCGGCGAGGUGAAGUUUAAGCAACUUGUGCCAUUGGCCCCAUCGACCGACCUGGCGCUGGGAGGCAUCCCCGCCGACGAAGUCGAGGAGGAGGGGGAGGGGGAGGGGGAGGAGGAGGGGUUGACUCUCGAAGCGGUCAUUGUCCUGUCAGAGGAAGCGCUCGUGCUCUAUGUCAAGGCGCUGACCAUGCUAGCCAAGGCCAUGGACGUCGCCAACGUUUGGUGGACGAGGAAGACGCGGGGCGAGACGGGGACCAUGGCGGUCGACAUGGCGAAGGAUACCAUGGCCCAGCGGAUGAACUCGACGGUGCAGUGGGUCCGCGGGCGGUUCAACGAAGUCCUCGAGAAGACGGAGGUGGUGCGGCUGAAGCUGAUGGAGGCGCAAAAGCAACUGCCCGAAGACCACGCGAGCCACCCGAAUAACCACGGAGUGCAGUCUGGCUCGUCGACGGCAUCGGGCGCGAAGCAGGUCUACCUGACGCCAGGCAUCAGCGCCGAGAAGCUGAUGUACGACCGCGCUCUGGAAAUGAGCAAGCGGGCUGCUAUCGACGAGAUAUCGAAUGUUGACCUCGAAGGGUGCGUCAUAUCGUAUGUCACGGCCAUCUACAUGCUCGAGGCGGUGCUGGACACGGACGACGAGAGCUUCAAGAGGCAUUACUCGACGUCUGGCGAGCCGACCACGGGAGAGUCGUCCAGUUCGCUGGACCGUGACGACCAACAGGUUGUGAAGAGGAGUAAUCUUUCCCUUCUUCCCUCCCCCUUCUUUUUCUCCUUCUCUUUUCCUUCUUUUCCCUUUCUCCAUGCACAACACCAUGCUCGAUAUGCGCACUGUAAUCCAGGGGGAGGCUAACGUUAAAUAAAAAACCACAGUGAUCAAAAUGAUAUCAUCUCGGUUGGCAGUGGUCCGAAAGAAAAUGGCUACCAUUGCUGAAGCCUCGAAAUCCGAGCAGGCGUAUCAUAGCACGAGUCGCAAGCGAAGCGGAGACGCCACACCGCGCAGCCUGCAAUCGCAAGCCUCCUGAAGCG